UGAUUACAACCCAAACAAGCAAGCACGAAGAUCCAAACAAAAGGAGUAAACUUUACAGGCGCUUGACAACUUCCUCCCUUCUCCAAACAAUGGAAAAUGCACGUUUAAUCGUGUAGAACUCGAACCCAGUCAAUCAAUCUCUCAAUUGAACUCCCAAUUCGCACAAAAUUUUCAUCUUUUUUCUCUUUGACAUUCUCUCAUAGUCUCAUAGUCUUCCUUCCAUUAACAACUUCUGGGUUAUUCGGGAAAGAGAAAGAAUUUAAGCGUUUUGCCCACUUCAAAUUGGCAAUUACCCGUUGCUUCUAACCCAAUUCUGGUAUCUAGGGUUCAAGUUUUCAGCAUUUUCCAGAUAUGGAUGAAAGUUCGAGUGACAAGGAGUCAUUAUGUGCUAGAAUUCAACAGCUGGAACGUGAAUUCAAUAAUGGGCAUAUGUUGCACCCAUGAAGGAGGAGGACGGGCAAACCACUUACCACUUUAAGUGAGGUUCCAUUUUGAAGGAAAUUCAGUGGGAAGACUGGAGGAGUAACUACUUAGGCUUAUAAGAAAAAGAUGAGCUCCAGAAAGACAUUGAACAAUUGUGCAUGCAGCAAGCGGGUCCCAGUUACAUUGCAUUUGCCAAUCAGAUGUAUUGUCGAAGGACUGCUGGCUUGGAACAGGAAGUUGAGAAUUUGAAGAAGAAGUUGACUGACUGUAUAAAAGAGAAUUCAAAUAUCAAGGAAGAGCUUUCUGAGGCUCAGAGAAUCAAAACGUAUAUAGAUCAACUCCACAAGUUGGAGGUUGCAAAGAACACAGAAGUAGCCAAGCAGCUUGAAUAUUUGCGUGGAGUUGUUACUAGUGCCUUCAAUGAUCGGGACCAUGCGAUACUGGAGGCUGAGAAGGCCAAAGAAAAUGAAGAUAUGAUGUCCCAGAAAAUGAAUGAUGCCGAGAAAAGGUUACAGGAACUAACUGUAGGAUCUGCUGAGACACAAGAGAAACUAUCAAGUAUGAAGAUGAAGUUAGCAAAACAAGAUCAGGAGUUAGAUAUUUACAGAGAGAUCAUUAAUAAGUUUUACAAGAUCCGGCAGCAAGCUUUUAUAGGUAACGGGGAUGAAGAAAGUGAGUGUGAUGAUCAGUGUGAUGAUGUUUCUUGGGAUGAAAAGCGUGAAUGCCUUUAUUAUGACUCAUCAGAAUCAUGGAGCUUCAAUGUUCAUAAGGAAGCUUCCCUUGCUAACUAUGUCGCUGCUUUGCAAGAAGAGCUGGAGAACGUAAGAAGUGAUCUUCAAAACAAGAUGCAAAUGGGGUGGGAAAUUGAAAAGCACUUGAAGAGUAGGGUUACUGUUUUGGAGAAGAAAAGAAUUCUGUCAGGCAGACUUAUUGUUGAAGGAAUAUCAUCAAUGCGUGAUUACCAUUCUCAGCAAAAGACCUACAUUAUGAAACUGCUUGAUGAUGAAAAAACCUAUCUAAAAUCAGUUGUCAGCAGCAUUCAGGAAAAGGUUGAGGAGUUUCCUAAAGACAUCCGUUCUGUUGAGGUAACUGAUUCUGCCGUACCAAAUGUUUCUCGGAUGGUCGAUUCUUCAGAAGCUCUGUCACAGGCGUUGCAAGAGAAAGUUUCAACUUUAUUACUUCUGUCACAGCAAGAAGAAAGACAUCUUUUUGAGAAAAACGUUCAAGGUGCUCUGCAGGAAACUUUGGAUGAGCUUCAAAGGACACUACAACUAGCUACUCAAGAGAAGGUAAAUGCCCUCUUGGAACUGGCAGAGGUGAAACGGGAAUAUCAACUGUUACUAGAGAAAACCACAGAGACUGAAGAAGGAAACCUUCUUAUUACCAAACCGGCUGAGGGAAAAGUAACUACUCUUGAAAGAGAUGGGAAACUAAAAAAUUUAUUCAAGAAAGCUUCUUUGAAACGUUGGCUAGUUACACAAGAAAGUCCUCCUGCUGUGACUCUCCCGAACAUGGGACCUGAAGGGGGAUCUUUGAACAGAGGGUCUAAUCAUAACGUGAAUGAUGCAAGGCUGCGGAUUGAUAUUGCAACCCUUGAGGAAAGCAAGCAAAACUUGGAACGGUUGACAUUUGAUAUCCGUAAACUUCGAGUCUCUCUCAUACAGGCCAAACAUGCACGUUCAUCUAAAAGUGCGGAUCCUAGCACGAUGAAAGUCCUGGAUGAAAUAAUUAGGGAAGCCGAAAUGGUAAAGAUUGCACUUAGUGCUGCAUUGCCUCUUAGCUGGUCUGGUGGGGAGGGAGAUUUGGCGGCAUCGUCAAGUGAUACCAUUUCCAUUUCCGAGGAGAAUAAUGAGAAAAUGGAUCCAGUUUCUGCGGCCGGCAUUGAGAUGGUAGAGCUUCUUAUACUAGCAGCUCAGAUAAUGAAGGAACGAGUAGUGAAGAAGAUGGAGAAAAGGAACAGAAGAGAAAACAGAUUACAGUAAAAAGAGAAAGAUCGUAUUCAACAAGUUAGAAAGUCCAGAAAUCACAAUUGAUCUUGUUAGACUGGAAAAACAGUUUUGUGUAAUAAUAAGUUUGCCUGUGUAAGUAAAUUUAACUGAUAGAUUAUCUACCGCAACAAAUACACGAAUGCAUUGGUAAUUUUUCCCUGAGCAACUGUAAUUAAACAAAGAUAAAUAUGAUUUCAUUAUGAUGAAAAUUUUGAGAA